CAACAUGUGGAUGGGCUGGCUCCUCCUCCGCAGGCUCACGUUUCCCCUCCAUAAACUCACCACUUUCCUUUCUUUCUUUUUUUAUUUUCCCACCUAUAGGUUUUUUAAAAAAGGAGGCGGGCUCGCUUGUCAAGAAUGCCUCUGAGUAGUGAAAAGUGCCAGAGCUGAGAAAGAGUCACGCAGAUGUGGAUGCAGCUCUCACACCGAGCAGGUCUGACAGUGUGUGUGUGUGUGAGAGAGAGAGAGAGAGAGAGUGUGUGUGUGUUUUGAUCAGAGGACGUCACUCACACUCCAGCAGAGGGGAGCUGUCACAGAAAGGCGUCCGUCCUCACACUGUGCCGUGGACGAGUGAGCCGCCUCUGACACAAGUGAGGAUUCCUGAUGCAACCAGAGCGUCCACCGUUUAGUUUCAGUCAGCCCAAGUGACUCGCUUUCUGAGGAGGCUUCGAACUCUUCAAGAACUUGUUGCAAUAAGACGUGCGGCCUCUCCAUGGACCAGCCAGCCAGCAGCUGCAUGCGGAGCGCCCACCCCGGCGGCCCCAUCUGGGGCUGCAUGAGGAACCCUCACGCCGGCGUCCCGGGAGCCAACCUGCAGUACCAGCAGGCCCCGUUCUCCCUCCACCAGAAGCCCGAGUUCCUGGCCUACACGGACUUCUCCGGGUCCUGCCUGGUGCCCAGCGCGCCCCACGCCACCUACCCUCGUGACGAAAGACUGUACCCGGACAGCCAGGGGGGCUACCAGCGAGCCGACUGGCAGUUCAACCCCUGCGAGACUCGGGCGAGAGCGCCCGAGGCCUGCCCGCCCCUCGCUCCCGCCGUGGUGGCCCCCGGAGGGAGCGGCGGUCCCGAGCUGGAGGCUGCGGGCGCCGACAGGGUGGCGGGCGGCGGCGGCGGCGGUCCCAGGUGCCUGGAGGGGGAAUACUCGCCCCAGAGCGUGGCGUCGGCCGACUCCGACAAGAAGAGCUCCAACAAGAGGAGGAGAGACGUCACAGACAUCCAGGACUCCAGUUUCAAGGUGGAUUCCAGCUGCAAGGCCAGGAAGGAGCGCACGGCCUUCACCAAGGAGCAGCUGAGAGAGCUGGAGGCCGAGUUCACCCACCACAACUACCUGACCCGGCUCCGGCGCUACGAGAUCGCUGUGAACCUGGACCUCACAGAGAGACAGACGUUUUUGUUUUUUUUUACGGCUCUUUUUUAUACAACUUUGAAUGCUGUUGAUAAAACACAGAUGUUGACUGUUUCUGCAAAUAGAAUAAAUCUUUUUUUGCAAAAAAAAAAAAAAAA